AUGGGUGAACAAAGUAUAGAAACAAAAGCCAAUGAAGAUAAUCAAAGUAAGAAACAACUUGUUAAAGUCUUUCGGUUAAAAGAAAAUGAUUGGGUUGAAAUUGGGAUUGGUAUAUUUAAUGUAGAGAUUAAUGAUGAUAGUGUACUUAUUGAGGUUUUUUCUGAAAAUAAUGAAAACAAAUUAUCAACAGAGGGAGAAAGAAAAGAAAUUGAUAAAAAUGACUAUGUCCCAGACAAAAUUAUAUGUGUUAGACUGAUUAAAGGAGAUGCAUUUGAAAAACAAAAUGAUAAAGUAAUUCAAAUACAAGGUAAGGCAUUUUCUAAUGAAUACGCAUUAUCAUUUCUUGACAAAAAUUUAUGUAAUGAGUUAUGUCAUAACCUUAUUGAGAUUGGUGUUAGAUCAAUAACUGAUGGACCACUUUCAUUUACAGAAGAAAAUAUUAAAGAAAUAAGAGAUCUUGCAAUUACUUCAUUAGCAUCACGUAAUACGUCAAUCUUAUUUGAAAAGUUAACACUACAAGAGAUUAUAAAUGGAUUAAUAAAAUUCUCUAAAACGAUAAAUGAUACUACAAAGAAAGAUAUAGUUGAGUCUAUCUUCAUUUUUGUUAAAGUAUUAUUAUUAUUACCUGAUGAAAAAAUUUCAGAUGAAAUAUAUCAACUUUCAACACUAAAAGCAUUAUUUGUAAUAUUAUCAUAUGACCCUCAAAUACCACAAACAAAUCGUAUUUAUUUUUUUGAUGAUUUCAAAACAAAAUUAACUGGUAUUAAAGAAAUUGUUGAACGGUCAUUUGCUGUAAAAAAUUUGGUUGAAUAUGCUUUUGCAUUAACUUAUUUCAGAGACAUUGUUGUGGCACGGUUUUCAGAUGAAUCAAUUGGGACACCUAUUAAUAUUCGACUGAGUAAUACACAACGAAAAAUUUUAGAAGAGUCAAUAAAAGAUCAAAUAUUUCAAAAACUUAUUAAGAAAUAUGAGACUAAUAAUGAUAAAGAGUCAAGAAGAGGAAUUAGUAUUACUAUUAAACAAUAUUGUUCUACACUAAUUUUAUAUCCUCUCUCUGCAAGGGAAGAACGUGCUAAAUCAAUUCUUGAAACUGGAAUAUUAACUACAAUAUUCAAAGGUUUAAAUGAAGAAUAUAAAGGAUAUUACUUAGACUCAUUAACAAUAUUAUUUGAAUCAGGAAGUAAUGUUGCUAUAUUACUAAUGGAAAAUGGAUUACUUGAACAAAUAGUUAGAAGUGGAAUUUAUCAACAGGGAUCUUAUUUAUAUGGUAUUUUCUCAUUUUUACAAAAUAGUACUAUCGCUUAUGAUGGUGUCAUAAAAUACCAAACACUUCUUUGUGAACAAUUUAUUCCAUUAAUCAUGAAUAUUUUAAUGGAACCAUUAAAUACUCAAGAAAAAUAUACUAAAGAAGUUUUAGGAAAAUACCUUGAACGGUUCUCAUCACUUUUAUUGAAUUUUAUUAAGUUACCAACUCCUAAUGUUCUUCCAUAUAUUAUUCAAACCCAAAUAUUUGAAAAACUAUUGAAAGUAUUAUCUGAAACUACUGACUGUGCACAAGCAAAUAUUAUCUGUACAUUAAAAGAUAUUUGUAAAUUAAAUAAUAAUGAAAUAACACAAUUACUAAUUGGUAGUGGAAUGCUUGUGAUUAUUAAAGACAUUAAAAGUGAUUUACCAAAAAUAUGUUAUCCAGCCGUUGACGAAAUACUUACAAUGUUUAGCCACGAACCAGUAAUUACACAAGUCAAAAAAGAAAAUAUAGUUAGUGGAUUAGCUCAUUUAGCGUAUGAAGGAAUUAAACGACCAAUUGAUGAAAAAGAAGUAAUUGUAUUGAUGGAAGAGUGUUCUCCUUUAAAAAGAGAAAGUAAAAAGCAUAAAGAAAUUAAACUUAUCAAAAGAAUAGAAGAGCUUCAACCAAAAGAAAUUAAAGAAGUAAAUAAUAAAGAGUAA